AAAAGACCAAAUGGGUACCGCGUUCAGCUCUCAUUCCUUCGCCUCUGCAUUGUGUUGCUGAACAACUUUUGUCGUUUUCUGCAGCCUCCCCUUUCCCUGUUCUCCGGUGGAAUUAGCCGAUCGAGGAACAGGGAAUUCAUCAAGAAGGCGUGUAUAUUAUUAUUAUUAUUAUUAUUAUUAUUAUUAUACAUAUAGAUAGAUAUAGAGUGAGAAGAGGAGGAGGGGGAGGCAUGGGGAUUGGCUGUUUCCCGUGGAGUGGAGAAUCAUCCGGCAGCAGGAGACAAUACAAGCGGAGGAAGAAUAAUGACAAUAAUCAGAGCAAGGGAGACGAGGAUCAUGCGCUGGCGCUAUCCUCAGAUUUUUCAAAUGCUUCGUCUAAUUCCACAGAGGAGAAACCUCAAAUUGUGUCGCAAUCCAUAACAGACACUGCAUCGGAGAUGGAUGGUUCGGAUUGUUCAGAUGGCUGGCAGUCUAAUUCUAGUGAAGAGAUGAACACCUUCCAAGCAAGGAAAUUUAAAUUGGCCGAAUUGAUUGAUGCAACGGAGAAUUUCAAUGAAGAAUAUUUCCUGGGUGAGGGAGGUUUCGGUAGAGUUUAUAAAGGUCAUCUGAAGGAGACCAAAGAGACUGUGGCCAUCAAACAACUGGAUCGCAGUGGGACUCAGGGUAUUAGGGAGUUCGUAGUUGAAGUUCUGACAUUAAGCAACGCCGAGCACACAAAUCUUGUUAAACUAAUUGGUUAUUGCGCCGAGGGAGAUCAGAGGCUUUUAGUGUAUGAUUACAUGCCGCUAGGUUCCCUGGAGGAUCAUUUACACGGCAGUCGAUCAAACAGAAAGAACCUCGAUUGGAACAAGAGGAUGCAAAUAGCAGCUGGUGCAGCAAGAGGCUUACAGUAUCUGCACACCCAGAUGACGCCACCUAUUAUAUAUCGUGAUCUAAAAUGCUCCAACAUUUUGCUCGGAAAGGAUUAUCAUCCCAGACUGUCUGAUUUCGGUUUAGCCAAAGUAGGCCCCUCCGGAGAUCAAACUCAUGUAUCCACUAGAGUGAUGGGGACGUACGGAUACUGUGCUCCUGACUAUGCAAUGACUGGCCAACUGACAUUCAAAUCCGACAUCUAUAGUUUCGGUGUUGUUCUCUUGGAGCUUGUUACAGGCAGGAGAGCCAUUGACUGUCGAAAAACUGGUCCGGAGCAAAAUCUAGUUGAAUGGGCAAAGCCAUUGUUCAGGGAUCGUAAGAAAUUCCGGCAGAUGGCUGAUCAGGCUCUAGAAGGGCAGUACCCGGUGCGGGGGCUGUACCAAGUGCUAGCAAUAGCUGCAAUGUGCAUCCAAGAACAGCCGAACCUGCGGCCUCAGAUAGGCGAUAUCGUGACAGCUCUCACUUACCUGUCUUCCCAAACAUACUACCCGAAAAUCCAUCCCGCCCAAGGGCAGCCUGAGAAGAGUCCUUCCUCCGCGCACAGACACAAUUCGGAUGGAACCGAGGACACUUCCGGCUGCUGCCGAAUUGAGGAGAGCCCCGAACCAGCCGGACACUAAGUCGAGACGACGGCGUGACUUGGCGGUACGACUCUUCUUUUGUCUGCUAAUUCUAUAUUAGUUUUCCUUGCUUUGGCUUUGGCUUUGAUGGUAAAGCAAUAUAAUUAAUUCCUAUGUAAUGUGUUGUGUAUAUUCAUGUGUGGUUUGAGUUUAAUUACUUAUACUCGAUCGAGGUUCUGCGCAUUGCUUAAUUGCAUGCCUUGUGUGCUGAAUUACAUGAAUUUUGACCCUUGCAAUUGCAAUGUGGUAAAAUAUAUAUAUAUAUAU